CACGAAUAUUUUCUUCUCUCUCCCUCUCUAUAUAUGUCUACUGGCUCCGAAAGCUGAGCAUGAAGAAAACCAGUGGAAGAAUCUCCACUGUAACAUCUCAUUUUCCUCUCUCUCUCUCUCUCCAGCUUCAUAGAGUAUUUGCUGUGUCUAAUUAACGGAGGCCAUUGAUUAAAAAGCUGUGUGGUGGCGUCGGCCGCAUCUCGCGCCCUUCGUCAACUCCUCAUUCAUAUGUUCCCGAAUUGGAAACGUUUUCAAUUUUUGACAUUCUAAUCAUCAAUAAUCGAGGGAUGAUUUCAAUCGGAAAUCGGUCGGUGAUUUGGUGUACUUCGCCGGAGUUUCAGCUAUCAGACUCUUCUUCCCUACCGGAAAAGUUAGGGUUCUCGAAGUUUUCGGUGUCCGAUUGUGAAAGAAGAAGCUUGAGGCCACAUGAUAAGGGGCUGAGGUCGAGCUUUUUGGCGCCAAUUAAGGCAAUGGAGGUUUCAAAAACAUCCUACAUCAAUGGCAAUGCUGAUACCAUUCCAGAUGUACGCCAGACAGAAUACAAAGCCAACGACAAUGAGUUGAUGAAUGGGUCUAAUGGUGUUUCAGGAAAAACACUUUGUCAGACGUCUACGGUGGGGAAGUCCACGAAUAUUCUUUGGCAUAAAUGCUCGGUCGAGAAAAUUGACAGACAAGAGUUACUUCAGCAGAAAGGUUGUGUCAUUUGGAUUACAGGUCUCAGUGGUUCAGGAAAGAGCACUUUGGCAUGUGCUUUAGCUCGAGCCUUGCACUCUAGAGGAAAGCUGACCUACAUCCUUGAUGGAGACAAUGUUCGGCAUGGUCUAAACCGUGAUCUUAGUUUUAAAGCCGAAGAUCGUGCAGAGAACAUACGAAGGAUUGGGGAGGUAGCAAAGCUAUUUGCGGAUGCGGGAGUUAUUUGCAUUGCCAGUGUAAUAUCCCCCUACAGAAAGGACCGAGACGCCUGUCGUGCUUUACUCUCAGAAGGAGAUUUCGUUGAGGUUUUUAUGGAUGUGCCUCUCCAAGUGUGUGAGGCAAGGGACCCUAAGGGCUUGUACAAACUUGCAAGAGCUGGAAAGAUUAAAGGUUUUACGGGAGUUGACGAUCCAUAUGAGGCACCAAUGAAUGCCGAGAUAGUGUUACACCAAGAAGGGGUCGUCUGUGAUUCCCCAAGUGAAUUGGCUGAAAAAGUGAUUUCUUAUUUGGAGGAGAAAGGUUACCUGGAAGGUGAUUUGCUGACCUAUACCCCUGGCUGCGGAACUUCUGUUUAG